AUGGCAUCCCGCUUUCAAGAUCAUCAGCCAAAGGAUUACUUAGCGCCUUUCUUUAACCUCGAUCCACCACAGAACGGAAGCGACUCCGGCGUCAUGUCGCCUUCGGUGGACAUUCAAGCUUCGCAGUCGAUGACUGCAGAACCACUUUUCCCGGCCCAGUUCGACAUGGAGAUGCUUGGUAACUUGAUGUCCCUACAGGGACCUGAGAGCCCCCACCAGAUAUCACCAUUAUCUCCUUCCCAAACUUAUUUUCCGAGUGACAAUCACCCCGUCCGGCCUUCUUUGAUGGAUCAGCAAGUUAAACGUUCCCAGCUUCGGCAGUUACAGGAUUUACAAAACCAAAUAUUCCAGCAGCAGAUAUCCCUGAUUAUCAACCAAGAUAGUCUUACACAUCCUACAACCACGUAUGUACAGGAACAACAUAACUAUGGUCUUCCUACUCCCAUUUCUUCCUCGGAAUUGCCUUUGGAAUUCGUGUCGCCUAUGGCUCUAAAUCAAUCGCAGAUACCUCAAGAAUGUCACGAUGAUUCUAUGGCACCCCCCAUGCCUGGCCAUGCUCUCACUUACCUAACCAAGGAUUUAUUCCGAGGAUUUUCGUCUGCACCCGCGCACGUCGUGUUUCGAAAUAGCCCUUCCUGUUCUCCACAUUCCGGUGACCUUGAGCUGGACGGCGAUAUUUCACCACUGACCAGCCCAUGGUUUGGUGCCGAACAAAACCGGUUUAUAUCUUCUCGGCGUCACAAAGAAUCCAGAAAACGUCCAACAUUUUCCAGUGGUGACGGUUUUCCCUCUCAACCGUCGCGAAAAAAGCAAUCUCCUGAUACUCGACCGUAUACUGACGGCUCUUUCUUAUACCGAAAUCAUCGAGGGUCACAUUCCACCGGUUCUACCCCUCUUCUGCAAUCCACCAGAUUCAGACCUGGUGACAUGGUCAAUGACGAAUUUUCUGGUGACUCUCCUUCACCAGUAGACUUGUCGAUGCCUCCCCCGGCCGCCCCUCCUAGCCGGGCAGACUUGAUGGCAAAUAUGCCUACUGCUAAUAUGUCUUCCAAGCAAGUUGCGCCUGUCACCCCUGCAAGUAUUAUGAACCUCGGGAGAUUCGCAAGUCGCGUGAACCCUCAAGGUGACAGCGACGGGAACACCUCAAAACAACUGGAUACAGACGUCAUAUGGGAUGAUGCCACCGCUGCUAGAACAUCUUCAUCGACUCCAACUCAGCGUAAUAAAUCUUCAAGAAGAAGCGCAUUGAAUCCCCCGUCGCCGCUAAAACCCGUCUCGCCUGGGAUUGGACAGGCUAACGAUGCGGUUCCUAUAUUUCAAGGAGUAUGGAAAACGACGCACAAGGACGCCGAACAGAAGCGCCGAGAUUCCUUGAAGACCACGUUCGAUGACCUACGUAGACUGCUACCGCCUAUUCCCCUUCCAUGCGACAACAAAUAUCCACUGGACGAGCCUGUUCUUCCGGGUGCCUUACCGCCACGAGGGCCACAGAAAACAGGUUCAGAAGGCCCUAAUAAGGUCGUGAGCAAGCUACAGCUGCUGAUGUACGGUAAUGACUUUAUUCGACAGCUGAAGGCGCGAGUUGAGAGACGAGACGAGGAGAUCACACGUUUGAGACAGGAGGUUGGGAGAUUGAGGAACGUGAUUGUCGACACCAAUGGUGGUCAUGGAUAUUUCAAAGAAGGCGUUGACGUGGUGGAUCUAGAAGUGAAUCUAGAUGAAAUCGAAGUGAUGGACUCGAACUCUGCUAGGUCUGCAGCGGUUGCCGCUGACAAUGAGGCGGAUGAGGAAGAAGAACGCACGGAGUUCUUAGAUGCUAUUAUUCACGUUGUGUUCAGCUAACUGUAGUCUGUCAGUCGACUGUUGUCCGCGUGCAACAAAGUAAAAAAAAACUUGGUGGUACCAUUGCUUAUACAUGAAUUGUGAGUAUACUCACUAAUAAGAAAUACACACCGUUUUCCG